AUGUCUACGGUCAUUCGGACUCUCAACGUGUCUUAUCCAGGGGAGGUGUUAGUCUUUUGGUUUGAAAAGUACAGGGAAGUAAAGAAAGAGCUGGGCAGACUCAAGGAUGCGCAUUCGCACGAAACAGAUGUAUGCGCUGAAGUCCAUAAUACGACACAGCAAGAACUUACCAAUAUUCUGAAGGACGAUACAGAAUACUCUCACGAGAAUCCUGAGUCUACAGCGCUCUCACGUUCUGAAGAACACAACGAAGGUCUCGGUCAGAAAAUCGCACAGCUAGAGAAAGCCAACGAGCAACUCACGACGCGUCUUCAGCAAUGCCAAGGUACUUACGAUAUCCUGUCACAACAAAUGACCGCCUUCAAGGAACAGUCGGCUACUCUGGCCACCGAAGUGCAUCACUGGAGAAUGAGAAAACUCUCAGAGAUGUUCGGCGAGGAUCCGCGCCUCGAAAUUAACGCCUCGUUGUCCACGUUGUCGUUCCUGGAUGUCGAGAUGCUUGCGAGCGCCCUCCCCGGGGAUUGGUGCCACUGCCUGCUGUAUUUCCACUCCCGGCGAUCCAACGACUUGCCCCUGCGGAUACCAGCCACUGCUAAGUCUGGGUAUUGGUUUCACAUCUCAACCCUGAUGCCUGAUCACAGAGAGUUUGAACUAAUCAUGGAAGGUCAACUCGGAGAGUGGACAUACCUCGGUAGAUACACCAGCGUGCCAUUCGUGGGAUGUGGGAUGACGCUAUUCGAAUGGAUGAACCUCGACGAACCGACCAAGUCGACGCACUGUUCGCGCGUAGUGACAAGCAUGCCGCAACCACAGCAACUGCAGGUGAAUUAUACACUCCAGGAGGUGAGGCGCCGAUACGACACCGGCGAAUGGAGAGUCCCAUGCAAGAGUCUUCGCUGCACGGGCUUCGACAGACAGACGUACGAAAUGCUGUAUGCUGCCGCAGACAAGAUGCGCGAACAGUCCGGAUCAGCGCAAGCUGCGUUGGUGCUGGAGUCUGCCAGUAAUGGCCCUUGA